AAUUGCUGUACUUUUAAUCAAUUUAAUUAUUUUUAUUUUAUUAAUUACUAUUUAAUUAUCACAUUUGAGACCAAAUGGCGAGUCCGAGAACCAGAAGAAUACUACAAGAGUUGCGACCAAAGGAUGAAAACAAUUACUGCUUUGAGUGCAACACCUGUAACCCUCAGUGGGUGAGUGUGUCGUACGGCAUAUGGAUCUGUUUGGACUGUUCCGGCAAACACAGAGGUCUUGGUGUCCACCUCAGCUUCGUUCGGUCCGUAACUAUGGAUAAGUGGAAAGACAUCGAACUCCAGAAGAUGAAAAUGGGUGGCAAUCGGAGGGCCAAAGAGUUCUUGGAGUCGCAGUCCGAUUGGGACUCGUCUUUGCCUUUGACUGAG